AUGUUCCUACGGGUUUCGUCAGCAGUUUCAGGCAGCGACGAUAGAGGUGACACGACGAGGGCGCGGCUGCUUUUCGAGGGCUGCAAGACCACCACCACGGAAGUCAUAUUUAGUGGGAAAUGGGCAGACGUCCUCAACUUCGUUCGUCAAGAAGAUGUCAUCACAUUCGCAUACAGGGACACAAGUGCAGGUGAAAGUGAUGGAUCGCAUCCCUUGGUUCGUGUGGGUGAUCCGGAGAAAGACCUGGACGUGGUUGUUCAUCGCCUCUUUCCUGAGAAGAGGGUAGUCAUGUUCACACAUGCUGCUGGAGGUGAAGUGCAGAGCCUGACGCAGCACGGAGCAGAACAGUUCUAUCCUGUUUGGACACCGUCUAGCAUACCGUUUCAGGAUGCCACAGCGCAUACAACAGAUCACUCGAAGGGAACGGAUUCCCGUGAAAGACAGACAGUGAAUCCCGUGUGUGCGUCAAGAGAGUUCAGACCCGCGUCCCGGCAGGACCUUGCAGCACCGGCAAGCGAGGCCACCACAGAAUCCGGCGGCGUGUCCAGGAGAUCGACACUCAGGCAAGAACCUGAACCGUUUUUUGAUAUUUCUUGGGUUGAGUCCAGCAGCAUCGACGGUUCUGUACUAUCGUUAGCAGCAGAUCGUUCUUGCGUGCCCGCCGACGAUGGUCCCGGACAACGAGCAUUGAAUGAGUCGCAGUCCAAGGAGGCUCGUGCGAAGGCCUACGCACAGUCCGUGGAGUCCGACGUCCUAUCAGAUGUUCUGAACCCUGAGAUUCUCAAGUUUUGCGCAGAUGUGGAACAGGGGACUCCAUCGGUGCGUUUCCACCCCAGUGCCUCGUGGGAAGCCUCAGCGUCAGCUCCGCCUACCGACGGGGGGACGCGUCGCGUCUCCAAAAGCUCGGAGCCUGGGCUACAGGGGGAGAGCCGAGCGGAAAGCGUCAUUUCGUCGUCAUAUGGUAGACUUUGGGAAGGCGGCGACCUCCGGAAUGCGUACCUAAGGCCAGUUCGAAGCCGGUCGGGAGUCCAGCUUUCGAAAGAAGCGAACCUGCGUCCUCCGUCCGCUCGCGCUGGAUGCCCUACGCAGAUGCUGCUAUCUGCGGAGGGGGGUUGGGAUGGUCCGACGGACAGGCACCCGGUUGCAGGUGGCGGGCCUGUUGAUCCACGGCGUCGAAUGCAGAACGCGAGGCUUUCGCCGCCCUAUACGGAUUGCCAGCCUAGUACGCCGGUACACCAGCAGGAUAUACCGACUGGACGAGGCCGACGUCACCCAGCAAAUGUCCUAUGCACGGAUCCCGCGCAACCACUUCCACCCGAUACCCCUGCAUCAGCUGGUCCAGAAUUUUCUUAUAGCUUCCCAGGGAAGGCCAGGGCACUCUUCUACCCCGAAAUCUAUCCGGAUCGGGUGGAGGUGACAGACGAGUUCCCAGAUCUCGCCGGCCCGACACAUGUCGGCAUGCCUUUCCCGAGUGCCCCUCCACAGAUGACCCUCUCGCCGACGGCGCUUUCAAUGACCUGGGCGCGCUCAAAUGCAGUUUUAGAGGCGCCGGUACGCCACUCGCUGGUGUGGCCGGUUGCCGCUCAGGGCCUGAGUACCCCGCUAGCCGCGACGCCGUUGCAUGGGCCUAUAUACCCAGUGGUGUCGCAUCCGCAGUCUCGCAGCCAACUGCGGCCGUACCACAGUUACAGCAUGUUUCAGCCCGCGGUCGCGCGGCCGAACGUGUAUCAGUCCGCAAGGCUGCGCCCUGUCAACGAUAUGCACGAUAUCCUGACGUCAUGA